AUGAUAAAUAGUAACGAACGGUUUAUAUCGCGACAAAUUUUCUUGUUGCUGAUAUUUAGUAGUGUAUUCGUUUGCGGAUUAACAAAUUCUACAAAGAAAUCAGAAAAUUUACAAGAAUUUAAAUAUUGUUUAAAGAAUUUGAAACAACCCAGUAUUCGAGAAUGUAUUGGUCGCAGUGCAAUUAGUUUUCUGCAACGUUUCGAUGAAAGAGACAAUUAUACGUUGACCAUGGAUUUGGUAGCCACUAAAACGGAUAAUGUAGCCAGCCGUUCAUUGGUGAAUUUUUUGGACACCGAUCCAGUGGAUGUUAGAGGUAUUUUGGAAAAUGCGGGUGCUGUAUUCAGUCAACGUGCAUUGGAAUGGCACAUGGAUGCAAUAUAUCCAGGAUUAAUGUUAAAAAUUGGUCCUUCGGCCGAUAAGAACAGUGUAGCUGAAUUUGUACUCGACCCAACGGUCAUUGAUGAAAGGAAUUUCAACAUUGAAGAAGCUUCAACAGCACGCAUUUUAACCAAACAAUAUGUCUUACCAUUUCUUCUUGGCCUCAAAUUCAACUUGGUAGCAUUGGUGCCAAUACUGUUCACCGUUAUUUGCCUACUGCUAAAGAAAUCUCUAUUCAUAGCUAAAGUAGUUGUUUAUAUUAGCAGCGUUUUAGGCAUUGGUGGUGUUGCUGGUGCUGUUUCAUCGCUGGGUGGUUGGGGUAGUCUAUUUGCCCCACCAUUGCCGCCAGCCAGCCCAUAUCCACAUCAACACCAUGGUGGACAUUUCCCCGGUGGUUUUGGAUUUGUGCCGGGCAAACAAACGGCGUUUUCACAUUUCGAUCAAGACGAACUACAACACACGGGUCCCUAUAAGCGGCAAGAUCGUAAGGUGGUAUUUGAAAAACCACGAGGAAAAUGA